AAAAAUUACAACUUCCUUUUUUUUUUUCUGAAAAAACUCUCACACCUAAACAAUGGGGAAGGAAAGAAACAGUGCUUCAAGGUUCAUCAAAUGCGUUACGGUUGGAGAUGGAGCUGUUGGGAAGACCUGCAUGCUCAUAUGUUAUACCAGUAAUAAAUUCCCCACUGAUUAUAUACCCACUGUGUUUGACAACUUCAGUGCAAAUGUUGUGGUUGAAGGCACCACUGUCAAUUUAGGCCUAUGGGAUACAGCAGGUCAAGAAGAUUACAAUAGAUUAAGGCCAUUAAGCUACAGAGGAGCUGAUGUUUUCAUCCUUGCUUUUUCGUUAGUUAGCCGAGCGAGUUACGAAAAUGUACUUAAGAAGUGGAUUCCGGAGCUUCAACAUUAUGCACCUGGAGUCCCGGUGGUGUUGGUUGGCACCAAAUUGGAUCUUCGAGAGGACAAAUUCUAUUUAGCUGAUCAUCCUGGAUUGGUGCCCGUAACCACUUCGCAGGGUGAGGAACUCCGUAAACAGAUAGGUGCGACAUAUUACGUCGAGUGCAGCUCAAAAACCCAGCAGAAUGUGAAAUCAGUUUUUGAUGCAGCAAUUAAGGUGGUUAUCAAGCCACCACAGAAACAAAAAGAAAAGAAACGACUACACCGUGGGUGUCUCUUAAAUGUGUUCUGUGGGAGAAACCUUACAAGGCAAAGUUGAGAGCAGCUUUAUAAUAAAACAACAGAGGGUUGUUUGGGGGAAAAAUGAAGCGAAACUAGGAGAAAAUUUGCUUGUAAUAUUACCAACUGUUUUUCGUUUUCUUUUUUGCAACGUCUGAUUUGUAUUCAGUUUUAUAGUUGUUUUUGGUGCUUCUGUUUGUAUACAAUUAAUUUGGGGGGAAGGAAAUGGCGUAAACUCAUGGUUUCUCUUUC